AUGGCCCAGGGAACCAUCAAAAUCUCUGGCAAGCCCAAGGCCGCCAAAGCAGUGCACUCGAAGCGCCAGGCCUCCAAGAUCACAAAGGCCGGCAGCAAGCAGUCCAAGGACAAGCUCAACAAGAAGUUCACCUCGGGCCUGACGGCCAAGACGGAGGCGCUGCUCGGCGAGCGCGCAGGACAUUUGGAGCUCAUCGGCAAGGGGAAGAAGGGCAAGAAGCUGACGCAAAAAGGCGGUUCCAAGAAGUUCGGCUAG